UUACACGCCGUUGUUUGUUUGUUUGUUUGUUUUCUGUAUUCGUCCCGUAUUUCUUUGUGCUGUUCUCCAGAGACUGAACCGCCGGUGUGUGCCAGUAUUAGCCUGUCUGCGGUGUGUAACAGGAGCAUAUAGUCGAUACGCCGCUUAGAUUACUGGGAGAAAAUGUUACCGAUAUCAGUUUCUUCGGCUCCUCGCUGGACACGCAGGGCACUAGAAGCCUCUCUGAAUUACCCGUGCAGUUCACUGAAGAGGCAGCAAGGAGCCGCAUGAGACUCGCAUGACUUUACUCCCGCUCUCCUCGUUGGUCCUGUCCGUCCACAUGUGCUCCUGUUACCUAAUUAGGAAAGACUCUGCCUGCUCUGGCUCCACCGAGGGCUGCGUGCUGCUCUGAACUGGUACCAUCUCUCUCCAUCACAUUUCAGUGCUCUUCGUGCUCCAACACACCCUGUGUGACUCGACAGCGAUCUUGGUGAUGAGCUGAUGAGGCUGAGCAGACUGACGGACGGCGGAGAACAGCUGGACCUCCACAUACACUCACACACACCUGUGGAACGAUAACUCAGCCUGAAGAAUCUGUCCUGAUUCAGAGGGAGGAACAAAACCACACGCUCAUACCGCAGAGAGAGAAGUUCUUUUAAGACUGAGAGAGUUUUCACUCAUGCAGUUGUGUUGGAGUUAAGAAGAUGGAUGACAGGCGUGAUGGAGUGCAGGUUGGAGAGAAUAAAUACAUCAGCAAGAGCAGCAUCCUCUCACACCUGAAGACCUACAACCUUUACUAUGAAGGGCAGAACCUGCAGCUCAGACACAGAGAGGAAGAAGGCGAGUUGAUUGUUGAGGGCCUUCUCAAUAUCUCCUGGGGCUUGCGUCGACCAAUCAGAUUGCAGAUGCAGGAUGACCAUGAGCGUAUCAGACCACCUCCCUCCUCCACAUCCUGGCACUCAGGCUGUAACCUGGACAACCAGAGCGGUGAGGCUCAGAAACAGGCUCCGCCUUCCGUCGAGGUUACAGAACCAGAGACCCAAUCAGACAACAGCACAGCGAAGGAGAAUGAGGAGGAAGAAGAUGCCAUUGACGCCUCUUCUCAGCUCCUGAGGACCAAAAGCGAUGCGGGUGUUUUGAGGCGGGGUAACAAGCGGUCUCCUAGCGACCAGCGGCGAAUCAGAAGGCACAGAUUCUCCAUCAAUGGCCACUUCUACAACCACAAGACGGCUGUGUUCACUCCAGCGUACGGCUCCGUGACUAACGUGAGGAUAAACAGCUGCAUGACGACGCCGCAGGUGCUGCGCGUGUUACUCAACAAGUUUAAGAUUGAAAACAGCCCCGAUGACUUCGCUCUCUACCUCGUCCACGCCAGCGGAGAGCGAGUUCAGCUGAAGCGCACUGAUCACCCUCUGGUGUUGAGGAUACUGCAGGGGCCAUGUGAGCAGGUCUGCAAAAUCUUCCUCAUGGAGCAGGACCUGGGAGAGGAGGUCACAUACGAUGUGGCGCAGUACAUUAAAUUUGAAAUGCCCGUGCUGCAGAGUUUCAUUACCAAACUGAAGGAGGAAGAGGACAGGGAGGUGCAGAAGCUCAAACGAAGGUACAAGUAUCUGCGGUAUAUCAUUGAGAAGCAGUUGCAGUGCUUACCGGAUGGUUCCACUUGUAUGUGAAGAAGCUCCUAAUCCACCAGCACUCGUUCCCCUCGGCACCCUUGUGCUGGUUGUCUGACUGUGAAAGGGCUGCAGCCUCUCGGUUUGGUUCAUUUGCUCCGUCCAAAGUGGUUGUCAGCAUAAAACACUCUGGGAUCCACUUUGCUUCCACUAUAAUGUCGCGUAUAUGGAGUUAUGGUACAUUUUUCAGGGUAAAGAGUAGCAGACUUAGCCAGGGAUGGUACUAGGCACGUGCUGAGGGCCACUAGAGGGUCUUAGACCAGCACAGAUUUAUGAUUGAUUGGCCAAUACUAGAUUUUGUUAGAUUUGCUAGACAUCACACAGCCUAUAGGCCCAUAGGACUUCAUUGGGUUGAUAUAAUAUGGGCCAAAGGGUAAAUACAGUGGUGUAAUUUGUUAGGUUGUAGCCAUUUUUGGUAGAUAAGUUAGACAGGUGGAGUGAUAAGUUGGGCCACAUUGAUAUCAAAAUCAUAGUUAAUUGUAAGUCCACACAAGGUGGAUCGAUGAUAAAAGGAAAAGAAGCCAGAGAAGCAGCUUGAAGUACCUCCUGCUAUCAGAUCUAAAGAGGAACCAUUAUUUGGAAAAGUUAACCAUGUAAUAGAAUAUGUGAAUUGGGGGUGGGGGGUGGGGGGGGGGGUGAUGCAGGUUUAUUUGUGAGUGUGUUGGGAAACCCAGGAUUUACUAAUCCGUCCCCACAAAGGAUGAUCUGGAUAGUGUUGCUCGCUAUGUUAGAUGUUGUUCAGUCAACCUAGGGUUCAGUUUGCCCCUGGCUGUGGAGAGUAGGGCUAAAUUGUAAGCUUAUCUGUGAGUUUAAGGCAGAGGAUUCAUACUCACUGACCGUGUUUAUUCAGAGGGGCUAACGGAAUAUAGUGGGGAGUCUUGCCCAGGGACUUGAAUAGGAUGAUGUGCUUCCCUGGUUUAACGAAAAUAGUUGACGCCUUCAAAAGUUGACAGAUUAAGCCUGAACUCAUACAUACGACUACACGUGUGUAAAAAGUUGAUGCUUGCCUGUAGAGCAGUAUGCUUAGGCUGGAGAGGAGGACGUUGGAUUGGAACCGUUAAAGACCAUUCAGUUAAAGGGGAAGUUUCUCCAGUUUCUUUAGCUACAGUGGUGGUGAUAGGAACCAGGGGUCACAAUGUCUACAACACAAAUAUAGCCAUUUUAUUUAUGAAACCACCACUGAAAACAUCUUGUGAGUUUUUAUAUGUAAUGUGGAAGAUGGCAAAAUAGUGGAAAAACUGAAAGAAUAUAAUAUCCUUGGGGACUAUUUUGCCUUACAACGCCCUGCUUGUACCUCUCCACCAUGAAUGGAUUAAAAUAAGUGGAUUAACAAGACCUUUUAGGCCAGAACUCUAUCGCAUAACUGUUGUAGCACAGUGUCUUGGACUGAUGUCCAAGUGUAUAUCUCACCAUUUCAUGUAAUAACUUGCUGUGACGGAACUUGGAGUAAGCCGCCAGGCUAAAUACUAAGACGUAACUAUAGUAAGGUGCAGUGUCAGCUUUUAACACUUAGUUGCAAGAAUCUUGCAUCAACCUUUGACAGCGUCUGCUAUUUUUGUUACACUGAACAGGGAGCUGGUAUUACCAGACAAUUUCUAGUGAGGAAAAUUGGAACUCAGUAAUAUCUUUUGGGUUUGUCAGACACUAGAGGGCGCUCCUGAGCAAGUCCAAAAUGAAUGGGGUUUUGUUUUUUGCACAAAAACCUGUUUUCUCAGCACAAAACAGCAUAAAAUAUUUCAACACUGCUCUCAUAUUUUCGAUCACAUUUGACCUGCGGUUACAGGACUUUCUAACAGUGCUACAUGUGCGUUUGUGAUGUCGGUGAGCGCAAACCACUUUACUCAGCCAGUGAGCUGAUCAGCACUGAGUAGCACUAAUACUAGCAUCCUACUGUCCAAAACCUGUUUGCUGUAGAAAAAUAGAAAGGUACUGGUAAAUUUUCUUUGAUGUUUUAAUGUAACACAUCCUUCUGCUUUCCAAACUUGCUCCAUGUCACACAUUCAUGAAACACUCGCUCACAGGCGCCCUCUAGUGUUUUCGGUCAUCUCAUUUGAUAUAAUGGAAGAAAUAAGAAAUGGCUCCCCUUAAACUAGCUGUGGUUUCACCAAAGUCCUUAUAGGAUAGUCGGUCCAUUUCAUGGCCAUCCUGGCACUCAUACAAAAUCAGACUUCUGUCUUGUGGAAAGACCUACAAAUAAGAGUGCAGCGUUUACUCAGAUAACACAAACACAUUUUUUCAGCUUGUUCUGGCUGCUGCCCAUGCACAUAUCUCCACAUAUCUCAAUGAGGGGGGCUUUUCCCACAUUGCAGCUUUACCAGUAAGUCAGUUGAAGGGUGGGACUUUUAUGGUAAACUGACGACAUGUAGAGCAUUACGAACUUUUCCUUUCAUUUUCCACCCAGUAAACCUCCUCCUCCUUAUAACGUCUGGAGUAUUACCCACUACACUAUACCAACCACUGCUUAUACAAACUAGACAUAUUUACUGACUUGUAGGACAAAUGCUGGCGCCCCCUAAAGUCACAAGAUAUAAAAGCACACUUGAUUGAUCCAGGGAGCCUGCAGUGUCAAAUAAAUUCCACAGGUGUAAGAAACGUCCAGUGAUAAGCACAAUAUAACACGCAAGUGAGCUCCUUAUCUGGCAGAGUUCAGUUUGGCAGUGAUUAUCUUCAGUGUGAAGCGUGUUUGUGUGUUGGACACGGUAAACUGACUGAAGCACAUUGAGGGUCUGCUAUGAUUGUUUAUGAACUAAUAAGGAAAUGUAGCGAGGUGUGUGAGUUUGAGAGAGAGAGAGAGAGAGAGAGAGAGAGAGAGUGAAGCAGAGGUAAAAGAGUGAUCCAGCGCACCUCCCCUGAUUUUUAAAUAUGUGUAAAUGUUUGUAUGCAAAUGACAUUUUUUACAGCGAGUGUGGGUGGAGAUUAUGACCCGUGUGUCUGGGCUGGUUUGUACAGCAUGCAUGUGUGGGUAUUUGAAUGUGUUGCAUGCUUUUACAUGUAAGAGAGGAGGAAUUUUUAAUGUUUUUAUCUUUUUAAAUCAUUUGAUUCAUUUUUUUUACGAGUUCCUCCUCUGGUUUUGGCGAUAAACUGUCAACCCAGCAUGCCUACUUUGGUUUAUAAUGAAGCUGACAUGAGAAAGAUGAUUGUAAUUAAAUAAAAUCUCUAAAUAGAAA